AUGCAGGGUGUUAGAACGGUAUGGUUUAGCCAUAUCACGUUUUUUGUGAACUCCGUUUGUCAUAUAUGGGGAAACCAGGCUUGGAAUACCGGUGAUCUCUCCAAAAACAACUGGUGGGUAGGAGUGCUUGCCUUUGGGGAAGGAUGGCAUAACAAUCAUCAUGCAUUUGAGUAUUCAGCUCGACAUGGAUUGGAGUGGUGGCAAAUUGAUUUUACUUGGUACAUUAUACAGUUUCUUGAAACCGUAGGGUUGGCAACCAACAUCAAAGUGCCGACUGAUGCCCAAAAACGUAAAAAGUCAUUUGUCAUUUCUGAUAAUACAUAUAAAUGA